AUAUAUGACGUAAUUUUUUUUUUUUUUCCUUCUGAAAAAUAGUAUACAUACAUACAUACAUACAGGCAUAUAUAUAUAUAUAUAAAAUAAGAUUUUAUUUGGCAAAAGCUAGCUACUAAUUAGAGACCUCUCUUAAUUCCUUCAGUCCAGAUUUCAGAGCGGUGGAAACCAGCUUUCUCUGCAUUCGUGAAAAUGCUCCGCACGUUGCCGGAUCUCCCUUGGACUGUGAGGCUUUUCAACGCUGCCUUCGGCUUCUUAAUGAAAGUUUGUUGCCGCUCCGAUGGCACCUUGAAUCGGACCGUCGUCAAUCUCGCGGACUUGAAAGCCUCACCCUUAAACAAACCGGUCAAAGGCCUCCAAAGCUCCGAUAUCAUCGUCGACCACACCCGAAACCUCUGGUUCCGCCUCCACACCCCAACUCAACUACCCUCCACCGUCAGCCUUCCCGUCAUCGUCUACUUCCACGGCGGUGGCUUCAUAUUGAUGUCCGCCGAUUCCAAAUAUUACGACGCCUUUUGCCAGCGACUGGCUCGUGAACUUCCCGCCGUUGUCAUCUCCGUCAACUACCGUCUCGCUCCCGAGCAUCGCUAUCCGAGUCAAUACGACGACGGAUUCGACGUCUUGAAGUUCAUCGACGGCGAUGAUGGUUUCAAAGAUCGUUUCCCCGCGAACGCCGAUCUGAGACGGUGCUUCGUCGGCGGAGACAGUGCAGGAGGGAACCUGGCGCACCACGUGGCGGUAAUGGCGGCCAAGCACGAUUUCAAAAAGUUGGACGUCGUCGGGAUUCUGGGGAUACAGCCAUUUUUUGGCGGGGAAGAGCGAAGUGAAUCGGAAAACAGAUUCGCUGCGACGUCGUUGCUUCCUGUGGAUCGAACGGAUUGGAUGUGGAAGGCGUUUCUUCCAGAAGGUUCGAACCGAAACCAUCCGGUAGUGAAUGUGUUCGGACCGGAUUCGGCUGAUAUUUCGGGUUUGAAGAGGUUUCCGACAACAAUGGUGAUCGUCGGAGGAUUCGAUCCGUUGCAAGAUUGGCAAAAGAGGUACUGCGAGUGGUUGAAGAAACAAGGAAAGGAAGUGCAUAUGGUUGAGUAUCCGAAUGCAGUUCAUGCAUUCUAUAUUUUUCCGGAGCUCAAAGAGUCGUCGCUGAUGAUCAAGGAAAUAAGGGAUUUCGUGGAAUCUAAUUAAGGACUGGGAUUGGGAUUGUGAUUGGGCCAGUUCCUUUGUAAUAAAUUUAGAUGCUUGGUCCAAUAAUUUGAAUUGAAAUUCCAAUAAUUUGAUUUGAUGAUUAUGAUUUUUAUUUUCUUA